AUGUUGUCUUAUUUCGAAGUGUCAUUCCCUGCCGAUGAGAAUUCGGAACAGCAGCCAUUGCCAAUAGAAGAAACAAUUAGUAAGAAUGAAUUAAAGCGACGAUUAAAAGCUCAAAAGAAAACUGAAGAACUAGCAAAAAGAUCCACUACUCUAGAAGCAGAAAUAUUAAGUACAAAUAAUGAAGCAACGUCUCUUGAUGAGAGUAAUGAUCAAGAAAUUAAUUCUAAUGAAUAUUACAAGAUGCGAUUGCAUCAUAUACAACAACUUCAACAAUCUGGUGAAAUAGUCUAUCCCCAUAAGUAUCAUGUUUCAAUAUCAUUACGUGAUUUUAUUGAUAAAUAUUCUCAUUUAAAAAACGAUGAAAUUAAUAACGACAUUGUUUCUGUUGCUGGGCGUAUUUAUUCAAAGCGUGCAGCAGGACACAAACUUUAUUUCUAUGAUCUUCAUAGCGAUUCAGUUAAAAUUCAAAUUAUGUCUAAUCUUCGGUUUUAUCCGGACGCAGCGGAAUUCGCCUUAAUAAAUGAUCGUAUUAAUCGUGGUGAUAUUAUUGGUGCAAAGGGUAGACCUACACGAACAAAGCAUGGCGAAUUAAGUCUUAUUCCAAAUGAAUUAAUUAUUCUGACGCCAACACUUCAUCAAUUGCCUAGUUUACAUUUUGGUUUAAAGGAUAAGGAAACUCGUUUUCGUCAACGAUAUCUCGAUUUAAUGAUUAAUCGUACUGUUCGACAAAAGUUCAUAAUCAAAGCAAAGAUAAUUAAUUAUUUACGACAAUUUUUAAAUGCACUUGGCUUUCUUGAAGUUGAAACACCCAUGAUGAAUAUGAUUGCUGGCGGUGCUAUGGCAAAACCAUUUACAACUUAUCAUAAUGAUCUUGAUAUGAAAUUAUUUAUGCGUAUUGCGCCUGAACUUUAUCUUAAGAUGCUAGUGGUCGGUGGUUUAGAUCGUGUUUAUGAAAUAGGUCGCGUUUUUCGUAAUGAAAGUAUUGAUAUGACGCAUAAUCCUGAAUUUACUAUUUGCGAAUUUUAUAUGGCCUAUGCUGAUUAUAACGAUUUGAUGGAAAUGACAGAAAAAUUAAUUUCCGGUCUUGUUCAACAUUUAUUCGGAACAUAUAAAAUACUAUAUCAUAUAAAUGGACCCGAUCAAGAUGCAGUUGAAGUUGAUUUUACACCACCAUUUAAGCGUUUUAAUUUAAUUGAAGAUCUUGAACAAGCCACAGGAGAAAAAUUUCCACCGGCAACAGAAUUUUCAACAACAGAAUCGAAUAAAUUUUUCGAUAAUCUAUGCAAGAAGCAUGACAUCGAGUGUGGCCAUCCAAGAACAACCACUCGUCUUAUUGAUAAAUUAGCUGGCCAUUUCCUUGAACCUCAAUGUCUUAAUCCAACAUUUCUAUGUAAUCAUCCUCAAAUAAUGAGUCCAUUAGCUAAAUACCAUCGUUCAAUACCAGGUCUCACUGAACGCUUUGAAUUGUUUAUUUGCUAUAAGGAAGCAUGUAAUGCGUAUACAGAAUUAAAUGAUCCGAUUGUACAACGUCAAAUGUUUGACUUGCAAACACAAGAUAGAAAUUCAGGUGAUGAUGAAGCGCAAUUAAUUGAUGAAAAUUUCUGUACAGCACUUGAAUAUGGUCUUCCACCAACAGCCGGUUGGGGUAUGGGUAUCGAUCGGUUGACUAUGAUACUUACUGAUAGUAUCAAUAUGAAGGAAGUAUUACUAUUUCCAGCUGUUAAGCCAUACAAAGAUAAUGAAAACAACCAGAAAUUGGAAGAUGGUACAAAUUCAUCUAUUCAAUAA